AUGAAUUACAUUAACAAUCAAUAUCAACUAAUAAAGAAAUUAUCAGCCGGUAGUUAUGGGAUAGUCUAUGAGGGUGAGAACAUUCCAACUAAAACUUCUGUUGCUAUCAAGAUUGAGAAAAAGGACAAACCUCAAACCCUGGAAAGAGAAGUCUCAUCCUUAUCUCGAUUGUCAAAAAUUGCAGGAAUCCCCUAAAUCUAUUGGAAUGGAACUCACAAUGGACAAAAUGUCCUUGUCAUGCAAUUGUUAUCCAAGGAUCUCGGGUGCUACUUAAAGGAGUACCGAAAAUUCACUCUCAAAACAGUAUUAAUGAUUGCAGAUUAAUUAAUAUAAAUUCUGAGGAAUGUUCAUCAGAAAUCCAUCUUGCACAGAGAUUUGAAGCCUGAAAAUCUUAUGUAUCAUUAGAGAUAAAUUUACAUUGUAGAUUUCGGGAUUAGUAAGAUAUACAGAGAUAGCACUUAAAAACAUAUACCAUUUAGAGAGGGGAGACCAUUUGUAGGAACUACUCGAUAUGCUCCUAUUGCUGCUCAUAAGGGUCAUGAAUUAAGCAGAAAAGACGACCUGGAAACAUUAAUCUACAUCCUAGUUCUAUUUUUGAAAGGAGUUCUACCAUGGCAACACUAGCUUUCUCAAAACAACAAAGAGAGAUAAAAACUGAUAGGCGAAAAAAAGAUUAAAUUAAGCUCUACUGAAAUUUGUUAGGAUUUACCAAUUGAGUUCUAAAAAGCUUUAGACCAUAUUAAGAGUCUCGGUUUCUCGGUUGAACCUGAUUACGACUAUUUAAUAAAUCUCUUUAGGAAAUUAGGAUAAAGACAUGGAUUUGAGUAUGACAAUUUGUUUGAUUGGUGCAAAGAAGAGGAGGUGAUUGCAUAGGCUAAAAUCAUGCAAUAGAGUGAAAAAAUGUAGCCUUUUUCAGUUAAAUGUCAAUCUUUACAAAUACCUUCUACAUUGGAAUGCUUUGAAAAAAAGUAAUCCUCGAUUUCUAACAUUUUAUAAAAUCCUAUGCAGAUUUCAUAAAGUGCUGUUAUAGUGGAAAUCAACUCUGACACAAAUCUUUCGGAUGAUAGCACUAAUUACCUCUAUAAUAAUUAUUAAUAAUUAGAAAACUUUUCAAAUUUGUAUAAAAACCAUCUCUUGAUUAUGAAAGAUAAAUGA